AUGGCAUUUUGCAACAAAGAGAUCAAUGACAAUCCCAAUCCCCAUUACCCUAAUAAUGUCACGGUGGUGGGUUUCCACAUCCUUAAUAGCUACUACGUUCCAAGGAUGUCCUACAAAGCCACCCUGAGCUUGCUUUCCACACAGGGGAAGUUUGUACCCAAUUUCAAGUGUGACACACAAAACAAACUGAUCACCACCAUCGGAGGACUUACUACGGAUGUUUCUCUCAGCAUAGCCACUAUCAUAUCCAUCUACAAGAUGCCACAGCUCACCUAUGGAGUAUUUUCCCCAGAGCAUGGUGACAAAAGGCUGUUCCCUCACCUCAGUCAGAUGGUACCAAACGAAAACUCACAAUAUGCAGGAGUUGUUCGCUUAUUUCGGCAUUUUAAAUGGACAUGGAUUGGUCUUACAGCUAUGGAUGAUGAUGAUGGAGACAGAUUUCUAGGAGCCAUCCUGCCGUUGCUUACUGAGAAUGGCAUCUGUUUUGCCUUCACAAUAAGAUUCCCCAAAAUAACUUAUCUGCAGGAGGCAAUAGACUUGCUUGCGGAACAAAGGGAGACUUUCACUGUUCAUAAUAGAACAAAAGCUAAUGUAUAUUUUGUUCAUGCAGUGCCUGCCUUUGUCUUUGUUUUGAGACUGUUGCUGUUUCUGGCACCUGUUUUGUCACUGCCCCAGUUGCAUAAAGUGUGGAUUCUUACAUGCCAAUGGGACUUUGCUUCUUUUUCCUUUGAAAAGAAUUGGGAUAUAGAAAGUUUCCAUGGGGCCAUUUCCUUCACAGUUCACUCCAAUCAGCCACCUGGAUUCCAAGAGUUCCUUCAGGGCAUCAGUCUUGCCUGGGCAAAAGGAGACGGUUUCAUACAGAACUUCUGGGAGCAGGCAUUCUGUUGUUCGCUGAAGGAUUCGGCUGUUCAUGGGGACAGCAACAGGACCUGCACUGGCAAUGAGAAGCUGGAGAGCAUUCCAAUGAUUUUGUUUGAAACGAGCAUGAUGGGCCACAGUUACAACAUCUACAACGCUGUUCAUGCUGUGGCGCAUGCUAUACAUGGCAUGUCCAUGUCGGGAUCCAAGCACAGAAGACUUGCAAAAGAAUUGAGUGUGCAACCAUGGCAGAUCCAUCAUUUCCUGAGGAGCAUCAUGUUCAACAACAGUGCUGGAGACCCUCUGUCUUUUCAUGAAAACGGAGAAAUGAAAACUGGAUUUGAUGUGAUCAACUGGGUCACAUUCAACAAUGGCUCUUUUGCUAGAGUAAAAGUGGGGAGGUGGAAUCCUUGGGCUCCUGCUGGAAAAGCGUUAGCCCUUAGAGAUGACCACAUUGCGUGGCAUAAAACCUUCAUGCAGGGAUGUCCUGUUUCAAUAUGCAAUGAAAACUGCUUUCCAGGCUGUGUCAGGAAAAAGAAGGAAGGAGAGAAAUUUUGUUGCUAUGAUUGUGAUCCAUGUCCAGAAGGAAUGAUCUCUGACCAGAUGGACAUGGAUGCUUGCAUCAACUGUCCACAAGAUCAGUAUUCCAACAAACACCAAAAUCAAUGUGUUCACAAGGAUGUAAGCUUCCUCUCUUUCACAGAAUCUUUAGGAAUCACCUUGACAUUGUUGGCUGUUUUCUUUUCACUAAUCACAGCUGUGGUACUCAGAAUCUUUCUGAAGCAUCGGGACACCCCCAUUGUCAAAGCCAACAACCGGAACCUCACUUACGUUCUCCUCUUCUCCCUCCUGCUUUGCUUCCUCUGUUCUUUGCUCUUCAUUGGACAACCUCAGAAAGUGACCUGCCUUCUCCGCCAAACUAUGUUUGGCAUCAUCUUCUCUGUGGCUCUUUCUAGUGUUUUGGCUAAAACCAUUACUGUGGUUCUGGCCUUCAUAGCUACAAAACCAGGAUCCAGGAUGAGGAAGUGGGUAGGGAAAAGACUAGCCAAUUCAAUUGUGCUUGUUUGCUCCUUUGUCCAAGCAGGACUUUGCAGUCUUUGGUUGAGCACUUCACCUCCAUUUCAAGAUACGGACAUGCAUUCGCUGCCAGGGAAAAUCAUACUGGAAUGUAAUGAGGGCUCAGCUAUCAUGUUUUACUCUGUCCUUGGCUAUCUGGGCUUCCUGGCCAUUUUCAGCUUCAUUGUGGCUUUUCUUGCCCGGAAGUUACCAGACAGUUUCAAUGAAGCCAAGUUCAUCACUUUCAGCAUGCUGGUCUUUUGCAGUGUCUGGUUUUGUUUUGUUCCAGUUUACCUGAGUUCCAAAGGGAAAUCCAUGGUGGUGGUUGAGAUCUUCUCUAUCUUAGCUUCCACUUUGGGUUUACUGGGGUGCAUUUUUUCUCCCAAAUGCUACAUCAUUGUACUGAGACCUGAGCUGAACAACCGAGAACACAUGAUAAGGGUGAAAAAUUGACAAGAAUAUUAGCGUUGUAUGCAUAAUUUGUUUUC